AUGCCCCCGUCCUCUCACUCUGGGAUGGACUGCAGUGCUUACGAGCUGGACCCCCUGGAGGUCCCCCCUCUCACCCCCACCAGUAAGGAGGUCCUCAGCCAGGCGGUGAAGGCCAGUUUCGCUGGAUUUGCCCAGGAGAGAAUCAACCAUCACUUCCCACAGGAGCCCACCCUGUGGUCGGAGUGGGAGGUGAACUACUGGCUGGACUGGUGCCAGGCGGAGUUCGGUCUCCACGGCCUGGGCUCCGACCUCAGAGGCCUACCGGGCAGCGGGCUGGGCCUCAUGUCGGACUGCACCGCGGGGGAGAUCCUGUGGGAGCACCUGGAGACCAUGAGGACAGGUGAGGUGUGGUCCAAUCAACAGGCGGACGCCUCAGAGCCGCUGAGCGGUUCCUCCGUCCUGGUUCUUGUUCAGAACACAAGACUCUCCUGUUACUUCGAUUCUCCAGAGAACGAAUACGACGGAUCAACUCCGUCUUACUGCGAGCUGCUCAUCAACAAAGACGUAGUUCAGGAGCCUCCAGAUGAACAGCUCCUCUCGCUGCAGCCGGAGGAACAUCACGACUACGAUCUGUUCACCAGCCAGGAGCCCCGGAGCCACAUGAAGGACGCCCUGCUGAGAGGAGAGGCCGACUCAGAGGUGGACGUUGCUCACAGCGACAACUCUGACAUUGUGGGCUUGCUGUCGUGGACCGCUCCACUCCGAGGCCCGGAGCCGGUGGACACCAUGUCCGGGGACGUCUUCACCACUCGUACACAAGAGCUUCAGAGAGUUCCGGGCAGAGCCGUCAUGCCAGCAGAGAUCCUCGCCGGCUGCACUGGAAGUAGUCCCAUUCAGCUGUGGCAGUUUCUGCUGGAGCUUCUAGACCGCAGCUGUCAGUCAUGCAUCAGCUGGACGGGAGACGGGUGGGAGUUCAAGCUCACGGACCCCGAUGAGAGAACAAUAGAACAUGUUCCUCCUCAUGCUGCAGCUCUGUCUCCAGUGGCCCUGCUGUGGGCUCAGAGGAAGAACAAACCCAAGAUGAACGAUGAGAAGCUGAGUUCGGGUCUGCGGUACGACGACAAGAACAUCAUCCGCAAGACGGCCGGCAAGCGCUACGUCUACCGCUUUGUCUGCAACCUGCAAGGCCUGCUGGGAUACGAGCCCGGGGAGCUGCACGCCAUGCUGGACAUCGGGGACAAGAACGGCUAACUCGACCCACACAACAGAGACACUUUCCAUUCGGGGUCCUUCAGUUUAGGACUCUCUAUCAGUGUCUAUGAGAACGGACCCUCAGCGGCUCAGCAGGCGGGACACAGAGGUGUUGAGGGGUGAUUUGGGGGAUUCUCCUCAUAUACGUUCUGAGCCUUAAUGGAUGAAAUGUAGCACUUCAUCUUAAUUAUUAUUCCUGUCAAACAAUUAAACACAGCAAAUACAUCUCCUCUGGGUUAUCAAAGUACUGGAGGCCCCAGUGGAGACCCAGGCAGACGUGAGUCUCCUAGACUGGCGUUGAGCCCUGAACCAGCUCAACAGGAGCCCUGCCGAGAGUCUCCUGAGCAGAGAUCACUGCUGGCUGGACUAAUGGAACCUAAUGGAUGAAUUCACUCACGCCUCCUUCGGCCCUCAGUGGGCUGUGUGGGUGACUCCUGCAGAGCGAUGAACAACAUGUACCCCUCACAAGGCUGCUUUGAGUGAUGCCUUGUCCUUUCAUUCUUCAGACAGCAGGGGCUCCAUUUCUGCUCCUGUGGAUUUCAAAAGGACUCCUUUCAGUUCUGCUGGGCGGAUUUAUGAUGUAUAUCAUGUAUAUAUACUCAUGUAAAUAGAAAUGUGUCUAUUCAGGUUAUGUAACAGAAAACAGAAAGCUUUUCAUUUUCUACUGGUUUGUAGGGAGUUUAACUUUUGUUAGUAGUGGUAUUGUGUAAAUGUACUGUGGGAUGAAGGUUCCACAGCAUGAGGCCCCGUGUCUCUGAAUAAGUCUAGAACACCGGAUAUCAAGUGACAGCACGUUUACUGUUGAUCAAAUAUGUUUGAAUUGUUUAAGGCCCAGGUAUCUCAUGAUGAGUCACAAGGGCCGCUGAGUCGAGGCAGUGUGUCACGUUUACUCCUGAUUCAUCCAACACAAACGCCUCAGAGAGCAGAAUGACGGCUCCUGUGUGGUCAGAGCAUUUGAUUGGUUGCUGUCAGUCGGACUACAGAUGGGAUUUUGCUGGACAAUGAGUGAAAUUAUUCCGAUUGUAUGAAUAAUGCUUGUAUAUUCAUUAAAGGUCUAUUUGCAGUGGCGUUGGAAGUUGACCUGGAGGCGGGCUUUAUGAAAGGAUGACAUGAACACUACGGGACCUUUUGG